AUGCAGGAAAAUAUACCUAUAUUAGGUGAACUGGCAACAGCGUUCUCUUGACUACAUGUGUCUGCCGUAGCUCACUCACAACGCUAAGAGAAGCUGCUGUGAGUGUAAGCUCAGGAAGAAAAAAAAAGUACAAAGAAAGUAACGAGGGACGCGAAAAGAAAACAAGAAAGAGGAGAAAAUGCACCCUUCGAUGGCAUUAUUCCUCUGCCUCUUCCUGGCAUCGACAACACACAGCGCAAGACUUAGUAGGCGCCAAGUCAACGUCUCUCACAUUUCCGACGAACAUCUAAUUUCCCUCUUCGACAACCCGGAUUCUUCCCCUGUCGAAGAUACUUCUCCAGAGCCGCUUAAUUCUUCUCCUCCAGGAUUUUCCUCGGGUGUGUCCUCCUUUCCCCCUGUUUCAUCCUUCGAUCCAGAUGCUACUCUCACUGGGGCAUGUAGGUGUGUUAAGCAUUGGGAGUGUGCGGAUAACAGUGCGGAACCACACGAAGGACCUCAGAAGGAAAACCUUGUCGGAGAUAUAAGAUUAACCGGUAUAGUGGGAGUCGUGAAUCUCAGGCACAAUGGAAUGUGUCCCGAUUUACAGGACGUAUGUUGCCUCUCACCCUUCCCCACAGCCGUCCCAACCCCCACACCCAGACCCCACUCCCCGAGCUGUGGGACGAUCAAUGAAGAUGGAGUCAUCCAGAAUUUCCAGGGAUUUCCGGAUAAUCAAGCGCAGUUUGGUCAAUUUCCCUGGAUGGCCGCCCUCAGAACACUCCGGCCGUUCGCCGACGACCCCGCAUACGGCUACAUUGGGGGCGGUUCCCUCGUUCGGCCGGGGGUCGUCAUGACAGCGGCUCACAAAGUGCAUGAUCGUGAGACCCAAGACCUGGUGGUGCGACUUGGCGAGUGGGACUUCAGCUCGACCUCCGAGACCAUCCCGUACCAGGAAAUCGCGGUGGUGCGAGUCGAAAUCCAUCCGCAGUUCAACAGUAGUACCCUCGCCUACAAUGUGGCCCUCCUCUUCCUUGAGAGAGACGCUGCCCUGGGCCCCACCGUGGAUACUGUCUGCCUUCCCGAGCACGACCAGUUCUUCGAUGGCGCCCUAUGCUACAGCGGCGGCUGGGGCAAGGACAGCUUCGGCCGCAGUGGGAGAUACCAGGAGAUUAUAAAGGCCGUGCAGCUGCCGGUUACCAACUACAGGCAAUGUGAGGCGAUCAUGAGGACGACCAGGCUGGGCAGAAACUUCAACCUGCAUCCGACGUUCAUGUGCGCGGGCGGCCUGGCGGGGGAGGACCUGUGCACGGGCGAUGGCGGCGCCCCGCUCGUGUGCCCCGGACUCGCGAACCCAAACCAAUAUGUGCAGGUGGGCAUCUCUUCUUGGGGUAUUGGCUGCGGAAGAGAGGGCAUCCCAGGAGUCUAUGCCUCUGUCAGUGAACUCAUACCUUGGGUCAAUAGCGAGUUGGAUGCAGGAAUAGGUUUCAACCCGCGUCAUACGUGAGAGAGAAAGUCCAGUAUUGUAUUACAUUACUAUUCUGGAACGCUAUUUACGACAUCGCUGUAGUCACCACGUCGCACACAUUGAUUCCCUUCAGGUCUCCUUACCUGUCAGAGUGACCUGUGAGUAAAACAGGUAAAUGAAGAAUGGGUUGGAACCGAGCCGAGUGAGGAUGCGUAUAGCGUAGCUAUUCUAAGAGUUGCGUUUUUUUAGUUUUGUUUUUCUCUCUUUUUCUUUUCUUCUUACGAAAUUCAUUUGACUGUUUAUAAAACGCAUUUGCUUCGGCAUUUAUCUGAAUGGCAUUAUUUCCAUUCGUGUCUAUCUUUAUAGCCACCUCUUGUUAUAGGUGUAGAACAACCCAGAAUGUCAGUUUCCGUGUUAAAUGCUGGGCUGCUUUGUAAAUAUAUUUAUUCUUCGCGAAAGAAUAUAUAUCAUGAAAUAUGUAUACGUUAUUAAGAGAUGUAGAUGAUAGUACUCAAACUGAUAUUGAUAAUGUUCGUUUAGAUAUAUAAGUUUGUAUGCAGGCACAUUUUUGUGAUUUGCAAAUGUGAAUUAAUUGUCUGUGCGUGUGUGUGUGCUUGCUUAUGUAUUGACAUAGUGUAUAAUAAGAAAUGCACUAAGAGUAAAUAAACAUAUAUUGUUAA